AUGAAGGUUGCCGUUUUUCAAUGGUUAAUUUGGGCAUUUUUAAUGGCUUGUGCUUGCGGCAAGGAUGACUAUACGUUGGUGACUGAUCAUGAAGGUGACGCGCCUUUAAACGAGUCCGUAUGUUAUCUCAGUUGUCUUUCAGAUGCAUUAAACAACUUAUACAGCGAUAGUGAGAAGAGGCUGUUUGUGAAUGAGGAAGUAUACGCAAAUGCAUCUCGUAUAUUGGAUGAUAUGGAAGGAAAAUCAGGUGAAAGCACAAAGUAUUUGAGUGUUAUUAGUAGUGUAAUUUCAAAGCAAAAUGAUAAAUUGGAAAAACUUAUAUCUUAUGGAAAUGAAAUGGGGGACCUUGUAGCUAAUGUGGGUGGAUUAUUUUCUGAGGUUAAUGAGAGUGUGAGGGCAGUGAGGGAAGUAUUGCCAAGUGCUCUCAUAAGAGCGAAUAAAUAUUAUACGGCUAUUGCUGAGAUUGUUAGGACAGUGUGGGAUGAUGUUAACAGGCCUUUGAAACAAGAUGAGGCUAAAUGCGGAAAUCAAAACUUUGGAAGCGUUGGGGAACCGAAAAACGAGUGUGUUUACCGCACGUGUCCACUGGGAGACGGUGUGAGUGAAGACACUCUUCAGCACUAUAAGAAAGGUGGUAUUGAAAUAAACGUUCAAACAGGUUCCGUAAGCGAAUGCUUUAAUAGACCAAGGGACAACUUAUAUAGGAACGGUGCAGAAAAGCAUUCGAGUGAUGUGCUAAAAUGGCUUGAGGGUGAAACCACCCGUUUACAACUUACGGUUGAAGUGCAAAAAAUAUUUGGUCCCCUCAUCGUACCUUUUGCUGCUGGACAAUCGCCUUCUGCACUUCGUGCGAUGAUGUCCAAUAUCACUUUCCUCUAUUCCCACUUUAAGGAGGUCCACAGCAAUUUUACUUUAAUGUUACACGACACCAACAUUACUGAUAAUUUGAAUAGUACUCAUUCCACCAUUUGA